UCUUUAAGAGAUCAGUCUCCUUAAGUGUUAACUGAAAAGAGGCCAAAGAACGACUGUACACUACCACAGCCACUAUGAGAGUACCUGCCACCAUUCUAUUUUCUUUUAUUCUACUCGGGACGGAUUUGCUGAGCUCCACUCGAGGGGAGAUGUUCACUGCUCUUAUACACAUGGAGGGACUACAAGAUAUAGAGAGGAACCUCCUAUCGCAACUGCACAACUAUAUAGCUAAAGAAAAAGAAAAACUUAAAGUAUUAGAGAGUUUUGCCAAACGUGUGGAGGGAGCACUAGAUACAAUGGGUGGAGAUAUAGCUCAGCAUUUGCAUGAUCCAGUGAAUGCAUUUCAACUCACCAAUCGUUUCACUAAUGGCUGGAUGAAGAUGCAUGAGAUUGUGUACUCAGACAAUGGGCAAGAUUUCAUGGCUAAUAUUUCAGUCAAUCGCCAUUCGUUUCCAACCGAAGAGGAUUAUUCUGGAGCCAUGACAGCUUUGAGAAGACUCCAGGAUACCUAUCGUCUCAAACCGACUAACAUUGCCCAAGGAAAACUAUCAGACAAAGGACUACCAAUGUCCAGCUUUGAUUGCUAUACAAUUGGCAAGAAGGCAUACAAUGAGAAGAACUGGAGGCAUACAAGGGACUGGAUGUUAGCUGCUCUUGAGAGGUUUGACGAGGAAGGAGGUGAUCCAACUGGUACCGUUGACAUUCCCAGUAUAUACGAUCACCUGUCUUUUGCUGAAUAUAGUCUUGGUAACAUUAAGAAAGCUUCACAGUAUACUCGUGAACUAUUGCAGCAUGAUCCUUCACAUGAGAGAGCAAUCAGUAACAGAGAGUACUUUAAUAGAGUAUCAAGGGAAGAACCUGAUAAAUUCGUAGACCACGAGGGUGUACUUGACGAUGAGAGCGAACAUGCCGUAUAUGAGAAACUCUGUCGUGAACCAGCUCCAAUUCCAUCUCACUUACACAAGAAGCUUAUCUGUUACUAUUUUAAUAACAAACGCAACCCAAGGCUUAUUCUUAGCCCAAUAAAGACUGAGGUUGCCUUUGUUAAGCCGAAGAUAUACAUAUUCUAUGACAUUGUCACUGAUAGAGAAAUUGAGAGACUUAAAGAACUAGCUAAUCCAAAGCUUAAUAGGGCAACAGCCACUAAUGUUGUAACAGGCAUUGAUGAGCCAGUUGAGUAUCGGAUCAGUAAAAGUGGUUGGCUCUCAGGUAGUGAUGAUCCAUUGGGCUAUGUCGAUCGUAUUGACCAGCGCAUUGAAGACGUUACUGGACUUACAAUGUCCACUGCAGAGCAACUUCAAGUGGUUAAUUAUGGUAUUGGUGGACAGUAUGAACCACAUUAUGACUUUGCUAGGACUGGAGAAGAUACAUUCACCAGUUUAGGUAGUGGCAACAGGAUAUCAACACUCCUUAUUUAUAUGAGUGAUGUAGAAAAAGGCGGAGCAACUGUUUUUCCUGGAGUAGGAGCCAGACUUGUCCCAAUAAAGCGUGCUGCAGCUUAUUGGUGGAACCUUAAGAGAUCGGGUGAUGGUGAUUACUCCACUCGUCAUGCAGGCUGCCCUGUACUUGUCGGCUCUAAAUGGGUUUGCAAUAAGUGGAUUCACGAAAGAGGUCAAGAGUUCAGGAGACCUUGUGGCCUCUCUCGAGAUGUUUGAUGUGAUAUGUUUUAUAAUAACAAUAAUAAUGAUGAUGAUGACAAUUAAUAGCAACAAUAAUAAUUAUCAUUUUAUUCUUUCUUUCAAUAACAUUGUGAUAACAAAAAAUACUGCACCGUCUUUGUGUGGAUCCACUUUA